AGACACUCUCCUCCAGCAGUAGCAGCAACCUCCAGUGGCUCCUCUACCAAUAGUGGCCUAACUACUGAUUCCACUGACUUCCCAGCCCACUCCUCCUCCUCCUCCCCCUCCCCUCAUCCUUCGCCUCCCGUCAACAAACGAAGACUCAACACCUCCAACACCACAAAAACUGGACCUCGAGCCAAGCAGCCUCGCACAGUCUCCCUCACCAACCCUCCCUCUUCUUCCUCA